AAAGUGUUACAGUUACGGAGAAAGUGCAGUGCAGGUAGACAAUAAGGUGCAAGGGCCACGACAAGAUCGAUUGGGAAAUGAAGAGUUCAUCGCCAGAGAUCCAUUUAAGAGUCUCUUAACAGUGGACAGAAGCUGUCCUUGAGCCUGGUGGUACCUGCUCUCAAGCUUUUGUAUCUUAUGCCCGAUGGGAAAUGGAGGGGUCCUUGAUUAUGGAGACACCAGAAGUUGCAGAUGUUGGAAUCUGGACCAACAUCUCAGGCAGCAUCUAUGGAGGAAAAUGGACAGUCGACGUUUCGGGUCCAGAGCCUUCACCUGGACUGUGAGCUCCCUGAUUCCGUUGGGCUGAAUUCCUGAGGUGUCAGACCUGAGCAACUGAGUGAAUGACUGGGAAUGGCGAGUGAGGACAUUUAGUGGCGGGAGUCUCUCCCCACCCGGGUGGGACCCUCAUCAUCAGCACCUCACGAUCAGAAACAGAAAGCUGGAAGCCUUGUGCCGUGAUCAGCUCCAACUUCUGCUGUGGUCUCUCUUAUCAUUUCCUGUGUUGUUUAUAUUUCCCCCGCCCGUGUGUUUGCCGACGGUCACCACCCGUGUGGUUCACUGACGCUAGUGGAAGUUUGCACCCUAUCGCUGUGUCCCCGUUACACCGGCGCUCCCCUUGCAAUGCCCUGAGCGGGCUGCCCUCGCCAGUUGUCGGUGGAGAGUCGGGCGGAUUUAGGCUCUGCAGCGGCUCGGCCGGGCGCCGGGCUGAGAGACACCCGCGGGGGACCCUUCGCUGCAGCGUGGGUGGAAGUCCUGGUCCCGGGAUGAUUUCUGUUUCGCUCCGGAGAGGCGGUGCGUGAGGCUCCGGGCUGCGGCUGAGUGCGGGCAGCCGCCGCUGUGAAUCCAGCCGCCGGUCGGUGCCCGGGAGCUGCCGGCGCCGCCCGUCCGCUUCUCCCCCUCACCGGGAGACGCCGCCCGACCGCCCGCAGGACACUGCAGUCGUUCUGGUGAAGUUGCUCCCACGGUGUUGUCGGGGAAGGAGUACCAGGAUUCAGACCCAGCGGCAAUGAAGGACCGACAGUAUAUUUCUGAGUAGGUGGUGUGUGACUUGGAGGGGAACGGGAAGAUCAUGGUUGAUUGCAGUAAAACUUCACUCGCCCACCGUCCAAACCCCUUGACAUCCAUGCACAAAAAAAACAUCUAUUGUUGUCAUCUUGAAAACAUCUGUUGACCAACCAAAUAUCAGGAGAGGCACUGACUGACUGUUUCACAAGCAGGAGCUCCUCUGCACCAUCUUGGGAAAGUGGCCAUUCACCAUGUGCAGCCGUUUCCCAGUCUGAUCAGAAGUCUUCAGGAGCAGUUGAUCUGAAUGCUGGUGGAUAUUUGAUUUCCAUAUAAUGGGCUGUGUGCAUUGUAAAGAGAAGGGAACAGCAAAAUCCCAAACUGAUGAUGGGGAUGGAUUCUUCAACCAAAACACAAACCCACGCUAUGGGCCGGACCCAACCAAUCAGGUGCAGACUGGUGUCUUCAACAGGAUCCCUGACUUCAACAGCUUCCAUGAGAACACCAGUACUGCUCUGAGCCCUUUCGGAGGCUCCGUCGGAUACCCAACUGGCUCACUGCCUACCAGAGGUGGAGGGGUGUCAGGAGGGGUGACGUUGUUUGUUGCGCUGUAUGACUACGAUGCCAGGACUGAGGAUGACCUCACCUUCAGGAAAGGAGAGAAGUUCCACAUAAUCAACAGCUCGGAAGGAGACUGGUGGGAGGCUCGAUCAUUGACUACAGGAAGGACUGGAUAUAUUCCCAGCAACUACGUGGCUCCUGUGGACUCCAUCCAGGCAGAGGAAUGGUACUUUGGCAAGAUGGGUCGCAAAGAUGCAGAGCGGAUGCUUCUGUGUCCUGGUAACCCAAGGGGUACAUUCCUGAUCCGGGAGAGUGAGACAACCAAAGGUGCCUAUUCCUUGUCCAUCCGGGAUUGGGAUGAGGUAAAAGGAGACCACGUGAAACAUUAUAAGAUCCGUAAGCUGGAUAACGGUGGGUAUUAUAUCACGACUCGAGCCCAGUUCGAGACAGUGCAACAGCUGGUUCAUCAUUACACAGAACGAGCUGCGGGUCUGUGCUGUCGCUUGGUGGUGCCCUGUCAUAAAGGGAUGCCAAAACUGGCAGACCUGUCGGUCAAAACCAAAGACGUCUGGGAAAUUCCUCGGGAGUCCUUGCAGCUGAUCAAGAAACUGGGCAAUGGGCAGUUUGGGGAAGUGUGGAUGGGGACGUGGAACGGCACCACUAAGGUCGCAGUGAAGACUCUGAAGCCAGGCACCAUGUCGCCCGAGGCGUUCCUUGAGGAGGCCCAGAUAAUGAAGAGACUGCGACACGACAAGUUGGUUCAGCUGUACGCCGUGGUCUCGGAGGAGCCCAUUUACAUCGUCACAGAGUUCAUGACGCAAGGAAGUUUGCUUGAUUUCUUAAAAGACGGUGAUGGAAGGAUAUUAAAGCUGCCGCAGCUGGUUGACAUGGCAGCACAGAUCGCAGCAGGGAUGGCCUACAUCGAGCGAAUGAAUUACAUUCACCGAGAUCUGAGGGCUGCCAAUAUACUUGUCGGAGAAAAUCUCGUGUGUAAGAUAGCGGAUUUUGGAUUGGCAAGGCUCAUUGAAGACAAUGAAUACACAGCCCGACAAGGGGCGAAGUUUCCUAUAAAGUGGACAGCACCUGAAGCUGCCCUUUAUGGAAAGUUUACAAUCAAGUCUGAUGUUUGGUCAUUUGGAAUCCUCUUGACAGAGCUGGUUACCAAGGGAAGGGUUCCAUACCCAGGAAUGAACAAUCGUGAGGUUUUGGAACAGGUGGAGCGAGGUUAUCGGAUGCCAUGUCCAAACGCGUGCCCGGCCUCUCUUCAUGAACUCAUGGUGCAGUGCUGGAAGAAGGAUCCGGAGGAGAGACACACCUUCGAGUACUUACAGUCCUUCCUGGAGGACUACUUCACGGCCACGGAACCCCAGUACCAACCCGGAGAGAACCUCUAGCUGCCAGGCCUGUCGGAACAUUCCUUCACCAGUGUUGAAAUAUUUCUGACCAUGUGAUCAAGCUGUGCAGAGGAUGAUGGAGAGUUAGCUUUAAUGGGACUGCAGCCUAAAACUUGAAGGAAUUCGUCCAGGAUGAGACCAUCUCACACACUUGCAAUUAACAGGACCCCAGCCACCCCCACCAAUACAGCCAAGUACAUUAAUGACAAAUGCAGGACACAGCAGAAUGGUUGCAUGGGAAGAGGGGUAAUUGGGAGGUUGGGGUGGAUAUUACCGAAAAUUACUGAUGCUGUUGCUGGGGCCCAGACACUGAGAUCAAGAUCUACCAGAUAUGAAUGCAGAACAGGGCAAUUGUCUCACAGCCUGUCACUGCAUUGUUUCUUGGAAUGUUGUUUUCAGGCACACUGUACCAUGAAAAAGCAUUGACUGAUCUGCGAUGCUUAUUUAACAAUGUUGCAUAGGACCAUACUAAAAUGGCUAUUUUCUUUCUAAUUAAUAUUUCACUGAGCUUUUGUAUUUGAUUUGCCAUAUUCCAGACGUAUUUUAUUCUCUUCUUUGUACAAUUUUGUAGGCCCUUGAAAAAAGAGAUGUAUUUAAAAUGGCUACUGUUUUUUUACAGUGAUGUGAAGCCAACAACUUGUCUAGUUUAAUCACUGAAUAACCUGUACUUUGGCUGUGAAUGGAGUCUGUUUAGCACCAAUAUUUUGUGAGUACAAGUAAUGGUAAUGGAGAAGAAACAAGAGUGAAUAAUUUACAAGAUGAAAUAUGGGAUACUGUGAUGCCACAGUGUUUGAGUCACUGCAUGACAUUACUUGUGAGCAGCUGAAAUGUGGAGGUUACUGGUCUGAAAUGUUGAUAUGGUGUAAAGGAACCAUGCCAGGGAGUAAAUCAAAAAGGUGAUUCAUUCCAUCACCAUGAGACUGAAGAUUAUAAUCAUUCCAUGGUGUUAACCACUUUUAAACACUGGGUUUUGGUACAUGGGGCAGGUCAGCUCACCCACACCCAGUGAGAAGUUAAGGGUGUCACUGCCAUGGUGAUUGGACUUCAUUGUUGGCCUUGGCUGUUGAUACUUCAAUUUUCAUUAAGUGCCACUUUUGAAAAUACACUGGUAUCUUUAUAACUCCCAAUGCUAUCCAACAACUGACCGUACCAAGAGCAGCGCGAGAAAAUCCGUCAGUGAGCUGAUGUCCAAUCCAGCCCUGAAAUUAAUCAACGUGAUCAUUCUGAGCUGUGAAUUGUGUCCGACAGUUCUUCACUGAUGAAGGUCAGACCUGCUUGGGACAGAGGAGAAGCUUGAGGAUCGGGAUCAGAUUGAAUUUCAGCAGUGCUUUGGAGCAAAAAGGAACUGAUUUUUUUUUACAGAAGGAUUAAUUUUGCAUUAUUUAAGUGCUUUAUUCACCCACCUAACAUGAUCCCAACUGCCAAUCUGAUAAUUAUUUUCUCAUUGUUACUUGUGCAGAUUACUGAAGAUUAAAUUUCUGCUUGCUCUAAAAGCUGCAUUAUUCCUUAGCAUGUCUUGGAGUAGAACAUUGUUUUAGUGGAUUUUCUUACCAGAGCAGGGCUGCACAGCCUCUGUUGCACAUUAUGUAAAUUUGUUGUUUGAUGUAUUCGUAAUUGACCCAAUUACAACAAAAUAAAAUGGAACUAAAGUUA